AUGAAGACCUGUAAAGGCAAUCCCCUGGAGCCAGUGGUGGAGCCAGGCUCGCAGGGCAGGAGCGCGACGGGCUGUGUGGUGAGGAGCAGCUCGGAGAGGAUGGAGAAUGGGGCCGGCUGUAACGCUGCCAAGAGGAGGCUGGCUGCCAACGCCCGCGAGAGGCGCCGCAUGCAGGGGCUCAACACGGCCUUCGACCGCCUGAGGAAGGUGGUGCCGCAGUGGGGGCAGGACAAGAAACUGUCCAAGUACGAGACCCUGCAGAUGGCUCUGAGCUACAUCAUGGCUCUGACCAGGAUCCUUGCCGAAGCUGAGAGGUUCAGCAGUGAGCGAGAGUGGCUGAGCCUGCACUGUGAGCACUUGCACAGCACCAGCUACCACCACUACCCGGCACAGAAAGCCUCGGCCGACAGCGAUCCCUACGCACACAGGGUGUUCAGCUACCACCCCGAGCACUUCCAGAUAGCUAACUAG